CUGGCUGGCUGGCUGUUUAUUUUUGUAAGAAAUAGUUGAAUUUAAUACUUAAAAAUUACGAAAUCUUGACUUUUAACACGAUCUAUUAAACGAAACAGCGAAAUCGUUUGAUAAUCACCCAUUUCGCUGAAAAUGGGCCAAGGGAAAAGUCAAUUUACAGAAGAAGAACUACAAGAUUACGAGGAUCUAACAUACUUUACAAAGAAGGAGGUUCUGUAUGCGCACCAGAAAUUCAAAGCAUUAGCCCCAGAGAAAGUCGGCCACAAUAAAAAUGCUAAACUACCGAUGGCUAAGAUCCUCCAGUAUCCUGAGCUUCGGGUGAACCCCUUCAGAGAUAGAAUCUGCAAAGUUUUCAGCUCUAGUAAUGAUGGGGACUGUACUUUUGAAGAUUUUCUCGAUAUGAUGUCGGUGUUCAGUGAAAUGGCGCCAAAGGCGGUGAAGGCUGAGCAUGCAUUUAGAAUAUUUGACUUUGAUGGAGAUGACAUGAUAGGAGUGUCGGACCUCCGUGAAGUUAUCGAGCGUUUGUGCGGUCCAGACUUAAAGCUCAGCGACUCGGAAAUUCAGCAGUUGGUGCAGAACGUUCUGGAAGAGGCUGAUCUGGACGACGAUGGAGCACUCUCAUUCGCUGAGUUUGAGCAUAUCAUUGACAAGAGUUCGGAUUUUUGUCACUCUUUCAGGAUAAGGUUGUGAAAUAGUCUUGAAGAAAUACUCAAAAAUAAGUAAAUAAACAUUUUUACUAAGGUGUAGUCCAUCCAACAUUGCUCACCUUUUUAUGGAACCCUCUGGUUAAACCAUAGUUAAUUAGAUCUUCUGUUAUCUUACUCAUUGCCAUUUAUUGAGGCUCAAUGUAAUCUCUUAGUGAAAAUCUCAAUUUUUAUGAAAUAUUGUAAUAUGUGACUUGACUUAAGGUCCUAUGUCCC